AUGGUCCAUUUAUCUCUCGACUCGACCAUCAAGCUGCCCAGCGGCAACCUCAUUCCCCGCCUCGGCUUCGGUGUCUACCAAGCUCGCUCGAAGGAGUGUGAACAGGCGGUAUUGAAGGCCGCAGAGGCUGGCUACAGACACGUGGAUUCGGCACAGGGCUAUCACAAUGAAGAGUACGUCGGGAGGGCCAUCAGAGAUGCUCCCGUGCCCCGCUCCUCCGUUUACUUGGCCACCAAGUACAUGCCCUCACACAAAGUCUUCAGUCCCGAAGAGGUUCUGCAGGUCCUGCGAAAGUCUAUCAAGAAAAUCGACCGGUCGGGUGAAGGAGAGCCAUACAUCGACUUGAUGCUGAUACACGCACCCUGGGGCGGAGAUGAAGGGCGGAGGAACAAUUGGGAGGCGCUGGGCCUGGCACAGAAGGAAGGCUGGGUCAAAGAUAUCGGAGUGUCCAACUUUGGGGUUGCCCAUCUCAAAUCUCUACCUGGACCUCUCCCAGCAGUCAACCAAAUUGAGCUGCACCCUUUUUGCCAACAGCGCGACAUCGUUGAAUACUGCCAAGAGAAAGGCAUCGCUAUCGAAGCUUAUUCACCCCUCAUGAGAGGAGAGGAGAGGUAUUGGGAUCACCCUGUCUUGGUCAAAAUAUCAAAGAAACACAAGAAAGAUGUAGCUCAGAUCGCUAUCCGAUGGAGCUUGCAAAAAGGUUUCAUCCCAUUGCCCAAGUCUGCAACACCGGCCCGUAUCCAAUCGAAUGCCCAUGUGUUUGACUUUGAACUCAGCAGCGAGGAGAUGGUAGAGAUUGACGGACUUGAUAAGGGCACGGAAGGCGCCAUCACGUGGAAUCCAGUAAAUCAUGAAUAA